AUGGAAGUGGCGAAGUCUGUGUGGCUUCUUUUGGAGCACAGCAACGAGGCCAUGGUGCGCGUAGCACUGGAGAUAGCUUUGGACCGGAAUUACAAGAAAGUCCUUUGGUGGCCCGACUUCUGGUUUUCGGACCACGACAAGCGCGAAUAUUUCAAGGAGAUUGUGAGGAUCAAGCUCGCCAUCGCCAUCGCGAACGCGAAAGGUUCUGCGGUUGAUCUCUCUGAGUUUCAGAAGAACGAGGAGGAGAGCGAGUUGGUCAUCGGCCUGCGGAAGAAGAUCUCCGAGCUGGAGGAGGCGCUCCGGCAAGCGCGGGCUCUCCAGGAGGCCGCCGAGGCGCGGUGCCGGGAGCUGGAGGCCGCCGCCGCCGAGGCGGCCCAGCGCAUGGCGGCCAUGGAGAAAUCUCUGGAACAGCUGCGGAAGGAGGUGAAGGAUGCCUACAGGAACUCUCUUGUCGACAAAGGCAGUGAUGGAUCGGAGGAGGAAAUCUUGAAGCUGAAGCAGCAACUCAAGAUGAGUGAGGAACAGCGGGUGAAGCUGGAGGAGAUGAUUGCGCAGUUGAAGAAGCAGUUGCAGCAAGCGUCGGCUUCUGGAGACGCCUCAGCGCAGCUCAAUGCCGAGCUUCAAGCGGCGAGGAAGCGGAUCGAAGACCUGGAGAACCGGCUGAAGGAGGCCCAGAAGGAGAUCGCCGCCUUGAAGAAGCAGAAGGGCCCCGCUCCAGCAAAGACGGAAGGCAAAACCACGGUCGACGGCGAAGCCUUCCGCAGGCUCAGCGCGGAGCUGGAGGAAGAGCGGCGCAAGCGGGAAGAACUCGAGGAGCUGCUUCAAAAAGCUCAGGAAGAGAUCGAGCUCUUGAAGAAGGAGCUGGACAGCGAGCGGAAGAAGGCCGCCGAGCUGAGCGCGGAGCUGAAGCGGCUCCUGGAGCAAACGCAGGGCAAGAAGCCGGAGGUUCUCCAGGGAGUGCAGCAGGUAACCAUCCCAGGCGGCAUGACCGACGAGCAGCUGGCGGAGCUGGAAGAGCUGCGAGCGAAAGCAGCCGAGCUCGAGAAGUUGAAGGCGAAGUUGAAGAAGCGCGACGCACAGAUCGCUGCUCUACAAGAGGAGAACGACAAACUGAACGAGGAGCAGAUGCGGCUGCUGAAGAUGCUGAAGCAGGUCCGCGAACAGCUGCGGAUCGUCAUGGAGCUGGCGGAGAAGAAGGGUCUCGGGGACGUGAUCAAGAAGCUCUUCGAGGAAGCCGGUUUGGGCACCACCAUGUCUGAUCCGGACUACACGUGCUUCGAUCGACUCUACGACGAUGCCCUCAGGCGGAUGGACAAGCAGCGCCGUCUCGAGUGGUACCGCCUCGGGAACACCGGUGAGCCUCCGCCAUCCUUCAAGGCGCAUCGGCACAUCUGGUACUUUCGAGGCUCUUGGCAGACAGGGGAGCGGGAGUUCGGGCGCCGCGGCCGCCAUGGAAUGACGCAAACGGCCGGCUGCCAGGCUGUGGCCGCGCAGCCUCAGCCGCCUGAGACUCCUGGACCCCCGGAACCGAAGCGGCUCCGGAAAGUUGCGGCUUUGACAGCAGCCCUCCCCUCAGUGGCAGCGGCUGCAGCCGCUGCGCCAUUUCUGCAUCCAGGGCUCUGCCGCAAAGCCUGCUUCGACCAGAGGCGUGGCCAGGGCGUCUUUGCCAGCAAGCCCCUUCUGGCCGGAGAGCUGCUGCUGGCGUGUCCGCCUUUGGCAGCUGUGAAAGGAGUACCAGAAGAGCAGCUUGCAAUUGCGCUCGCAGAACUGGUUUUGGAGCGCCUUGACGGAGGAGAUCCGGGAUUCAUCGAGAAGUUCUGGAGCCUCUCGGAUGGGCGAGGAGGCCAAGAACAUCCUUUCCAGGAGUUGAGCUCUCCGGGAUGCAAGGGGAAGGUGCUCAGGAUCAUCGCUGUGAAUGCCCAUGGCUGGUCACAGGGAGAUGAGAAGGGCCUGGGCUUGUGGCAGUGGCAGGCGUACAUGAACCAUGCCCCGGCUUCGGAAGCCAAUUGCUCUGCCGCUUUUGCAGGGGAGGUCCUCCUGAUGCGUGCCACAAAAUGUAUUGAUGCAGAGCAGGAGUGCGUUCACUCGUACUGCCCCCCUUCGGCCAGCUUCUCGGUACGUCGGGCGAUCUUGAGGCAGUGUUGCGUGCCACAUGCGGAUGAGGAGGCUUUGUUCCAGGCAGAGGCUGCAGGAGGCCCCCAUGCCGAGCUGCAGGGAAACCUGUUACUGGCCCGCGACAAGAUGAAGGUUGCCGCCAGUGCAGUGCACGAAGACGACAACCGAAAGGCGCACACCUUGUGGAAGGAGGUCUUGAGCCUCCGUGUGGACCAUCGCAGGUGUUCGGAGAUUGGGUGUUCUGCACCAGCGAUUGCGGAGUACCUGCGGCUGCAGCUGCGUGCCGCGCGGUGCCUCGGUGACAUGGUUGCGACUGCUGCCGCACACGCCGAGCUUGCACGUGCUCUGCAGAAGGAGCAGCCCAAGAACGUGGAGGUCUUGGCUCACUGGCUUGGGCACCUCCGCGCGGGCGGAGAGGAAGAGACGGCUCUGGAGCAGGUUCACGUGCUCAGCCGCUUCUGGCUGGGAAGCUUCGUCGGCCUUGCGGAGGCCUCUGAGUGGAUGGACUCUUGUGGCCUCGGGCCCCAUCGCCUCUGA